AUGAGAAGAGAGAGGACGAUGAAACAGCGGCAGACGCACUCGAAAUCCCGCAGAGGAUGUCUCAACUGCAAGAAAAGACACGUCAAAUGCGACGAGCAAGGCCCGCCGUGUGCCAACUGCGUGGUGCGAAAAACGACAUGCUCCUACGGCCAGAGUCCGACCGCCUCCGCGGCCCAGCUCGACGCGCCCGCACACCUCGACGCGCCCGCACACCUCGACCCCUCGUCCUGCCUGGCCGUCGGUCUGCCGUCCGAGACAAGCCAGAGCAGCGGGUCGUCGUCCCUCUCACCACCGCAGGCGUCGCGGGUGCCGUCGCCGAGCGAAACGUCCUUCUCGUCGUCGCCCGAGCUCCAGCCCUCGCCGGAACCCCGCCGGCUGCUCGAGCUCGAGCUCAUGCACCGCUGGUCGACGCACACGUACCUCGUCAUGACGUGCCACCCGGAAGAGUACCCGCUCAUGCAGACCGUCCUGCCGCGCGAGGGCCUCCGCCACGAUUUCGUCCUGCGCAUCAUGUUCGCCCUGACGUCCCUCGACCUCGCCGUGCACGUCGCACAGACCGAGGCCGACGCAGCCUCGUACGUCCGCAGCGCCCUCGCCUACCACGACGCCGCCGCCUCGGCCCUCGACCGCCACGUCCGCGCGCGGGCGGCGCACCACGCGCACGACUGGCUCGCGCACGUCGCCACCGCCGCCCACACAGCCUACCAGCUCGCCGUCUUCAGCGCGACGCGCGCCGGCGGCACGGCCCGGAGGGUUGUGGGUUUGGCUGUGGAUGUGAGCGAGCAGGCGAAUGACAAUGAGGUACGAUCACGAAGGACGCGAGGACAAGAUGGCAUCAAGAUGGUUAUUUUUUGGGCUCAACUACCUAUUUUGGUAUAUCGUGGACGGGCGGGCGUUUGGUUGCCGCGUGCAAGGCGUCGCUAG